AUGGGUUCGGGCUGGGAAACAGUAAAGCGAAAGCUUCAAUGCCCCAAGGACGACGACGCCAGCUAUGAAAACACCACGUGGUGCAACCGAGAUCUGAUCCCCAUCCCCCCCGACCGGCGCACCUUUGGGGUAUGGUCCUAUCUUGGCUACUGGACCGUCGCCGGAUCGUGCCUCUCGGCAUGGUCGACGGGCAGCACGCUUCUCGCCUUCGGCCUCAGCCCCCCACAGGCCAUCGGCGCCGUGGUCGUUGGCGGCAUCAUCACUGGCCUGUUGGCCGUCGCUUGUGGGUGGAUGGGGGAAAACCACCACAUCGGCUUCACCGUAUCCAGCCGGUUUUCCUGGGGCAUGCGAGGCUCGUACUUCCCCGUCAUUCUCCGUAUAUUCACCGGCUCGAUAUGGUUCGGACUCCAGGCGCUCUGGGGUGGCCAGGCAACACGAGUGGCCAUCGGGGCCAUCUCUCCCACCUUUGCGCAUCUGCCGAACUACUUUAAUCCAAGCACUCAUCUGCAGACCAAUGACUUCAUUGGACUGAUCGUCUGGUUAUGUCUUUUCAUACCGGGCGUCCUCAUAAAACCAGAGAAAUUACAAUUCGCCUUUGUUGCCUGCUUCCUGCUCUUUUGCGGCUCUUGCUUCGGACUCCUUAUAUGGAGCGUCUCCCGGGUGUAUGGGCCAGGGGAGAUGUUCUAUCAGCCUGGUACAACAAAAAGUGUGGGUUGGGACUUUCUGUUUGGAAUCACGGCCAUUCUAGGCGCGUGGGGGGGCGGCACCAUAGGACAGUCAGAUUGGACGAGAUAUGCCAGCCGAAAGUACGCACCAACGAUAUCCCAGGUUCUCGCAUCACCUGCUACGAUUUCCGCAACCGCCAUCAUAGGCAUCAUCGUUACUAGCGCAUCGCGAGACGUUCUCAAAGGCGGGAUUCAGUGGAAUCCAAUCUAUCUUCUGGCCGACAUCCAGGACUACUAUCAGUCAAGUCCGGGCUCUCGUGCUGGCGUCUUUUUCGCCAGCCUAGGCCUUAUCGCCUCGCAGCUCUCGGUCUCGAUUGUCAUGAUUUCUAUAAGUACAGGCAUGGAUAUUGCAGGUCUUUAG